AAUUUAUAAAACGCGACGUUUGUAAUUUCGCGGUCAUAAAACAUUUUAAAUUUCUGUGUAUUGAGUAGGAACAAGUUUUGAGUGCUCAAUAUGCAGAAUUUUCGAAAAUUAAAGAAAAUUGCCGAAGGAGCAUUUGGAAUCGUUUAUAAAGCGGAAGAUUUGUUAACGAAGCAAAUCGUUGCUAUAAAAAAAAUCAAACAUGAGAAAAAUGAAGGAAUUCCCGCUACAGCAUUUAGGGAAAUGGAUCUGCUUCAAGAGCUUAAACAUCCUAACAUUAUUUGCUUAAUAGAUAUUCUAAUAUAUAAAGGAACUUUGAAUUUAGUGCUUGAGUAUAUACCAAUGGAUUUAAAAAAGUACAUGGAUUCUAUGACUCCUGAUACAUAUAUUGAUAAAGAAUUAGUGCGUAGAUAUUUAUAUCAAAUCACUAGUGCCACACACUAUUGUCAUCGCAAUCAUAUUCUUCAUCGAGAUCUAAAACCACAGAAUAUAUUAAUUGAUCAAAAUGGUACUAUAAAAGUAGCAGAUUUUGGUCUGGGGCGGUCAAUUAGUCCUAGAUCUCGCGUAUAUACACAUGAAGUUGUGACAUUGUGGUAUAGAGCUCCUGAGAUUUUGUUAGGAUCUCCAUAUUAUGCCUUCUCAGUGGACAUAUGGUCCGUUGGUUGUAUAUUUGCUGAAAUGUCUACCAGAAAACCACUAUUUCGAGGCGAUUCAGAAAUUGAUCAACUAUUUCACAUUUUCAGAAUUUUAAAAACACCAACUGAGGACAUAUGGCCUGGAGUAACCUCUCUUCCAGAUUACAAAGCAACAUUUCCUUGUUGGUCAUCAUACACCCUACGGGAACAAUUAAAAAAUAUAAAUGAACUUGGAAUCGAUUUAUUACAGAAGAUGCUUAUUUAUGAUCCGUUUCAUCGUUUUACAGCUAGAGAUAUAUUGAACCAUCCAUAUUUUGACGAUUUAAGCAGUACUACUUCUGAGUAAAAUGACUAAGAUUUUAUUAAAACCUUUGUAAAGAAUUGAUAUGUAAAUGAUGUUGAAGCAACCAUAAUUUUAAAGAAUAUUUCGUGAUUAAUGUAAUAAAAUAAUAAAAAUUAUUUUAAA